GUUGUAUGCAAGUCAUUGCGUGUUACCUACUUGUCGAGUACAUGUGGCGCUGUUACAACAGAAAAGGCGCGAAAAUUUUUACGUGCCUGGAGAGAACGUCAAUGUGGGCUUUCAUCCUUUGACGGAAUGUUGAGGCAUGAUUAUCAUUUUUAUUGCAAGUUUGGUUAUUGUGUGCAUUUAUACUGUGAUUAAGCAUUAUAGUCAAGAUUGUAUGAACGAUUCUGAGUAAUCCAUCUUUAACUCGUAGCAGAAUAUAUCAGGUGUAUGAAGGAAAAAUGUCAGCAGAAAUGAAUAAAGCAAAAGAAAACUUUAUUAAUCGAGUGAUACACAAAGAUGGAACUAUUAUAAUAUCUGAUGAUGAAGAUUCUCUGGAUGGUUCGGAAGUACAUGAUGAGAAAAAGAAAUCUCCUUCUCUAUUAAUGAGUUUUCAUCGACACCCUUGUUCUAUGAAUGAUAGUGUAACAGAACUAAAAAAAUUGACUACACAAUCAUCACCGGAAAAAGGAGAUCAUAGUAAUUUCAUUGUGCAAGACCCUUGCAGCAGUAACGCAGAGCCUGGUGACACUCAUCCCUUCAAGAAUGUCAAGAAACGAGGUUUUUUCAAAUGGAAUGGUAAAACUGGUAAUAAGGAUUCUGAAAAGACACUUAAACAGCGAAAGAUUUGGAAGCCGCUUAAACAGGAAAAAGAUGAUUCCCUAAUUGAAACACAGCAAUUUACAAUAGAAAGUCGUUCAAUCAUAAAACAAAAACUCAAAAAUGAAACAGUAGUAGACAGUGCGCAGCAUGAUAUAAAAAUAGCUGGGGUUUCUGUAAAAUUCCCUGUUAAACCAUACUCUUGUCAGAUUGCUGUGAUGAAUAUGCUCAUUCAAGGUUGUGCCAAAAAACAGAACUGUCUCUUGGAAAGUCCCACAGGAAGUGGAAAAACACUUGCGCUUUUGUGCGGAGCUCUUGCCUGGCAGAGUCACUAUGAAAAAGAAGUAGCGGAGAAGAAGCUGACUUCCGAUUGCGAAGAAGAAGGCGAUGAACCGGUGAAUACUCAGGACUCCUGUUCUAGUAUGUUUUUCAAGGAGGCUCCAUUGAGCGCCAGAUGGUACGAGCCAGACCCCAUCAGUAGUUGCGAAUCAACUUCAUCCACGAAGGAUAAUGAAUUUAGCAAAUCUCUCACGGUGCCAAAAGUGUAUUACGGUUCUAGAACCCAUAGGCAAAUUGGGCAAGUUGUGAGCGAAUUGAAGAAGACGGCCUACAGGGACAAACGGAUGACUAUUCUCAGUAGUCGCGAAUUCACUUGUAUUCAGAAUACAGACAGAAACAAAACCGAUCUGUGCAAUGAUCUGCUGGAUCCUUUGAAGAAAAGGGGCUGUCCAUUUUACACAGAUAACAAUAAAAGAACUAUUGGGACUUUUGACUCUCUUGAAUCUCAUAAUUUUGAAACCCCAUGGGAUAUAGAAGACCUAGUUGAUCUAGGUAAAGCAAAUUCUGCUUGCCCUUAUUUCGCAGCCAGGAAUUUAAUGGCUUCAGCAGAGAUCAUUUUCUGUCCUUACAAUUAUCUGAUCGAUCCUGAAAUUCGUGAUAGCAUGCAAAUUAAACUCGAUGGCGCCAUCAUCAUCCUGGACGAGGCUCAUAAUAUCGAAGAUAUAUCAAGGGAAGUCGGUAGCUUUUCCUUCAAGGAGGAUCACCUAAGGAAUGCCGCGCAGGAAUGCGAUUCCCUCUCCAGAAAAAAGGACAUGGGCUACUAUAUAGAAAUUCAUAACUUUUUUACUAAACUUUGUAGCUUCAUGAGAUCCAUGAAGCUCAACAGAGUCAAUGAAAAUACUAAUGAUGAAAGUAGUGCAGCCUGGACUAGCAAAGAACUAAUUGAACUAUUUGAUAUGCAUGGCUUGAGCAAUGAUUAUUUUCCGUCUUUUCUUACGGCUGCCAAAGCUGCCAUUAUGGACUUCAAUUCUUCUAAAGAAGAGGUCAAACAGAAUUUUUAUCGUCCUGUAAUUGGAUUUCAUACUAAGAGAUUACUCGAGCAAUUGUGCCUUGCACUGCAGAUGAUCAAUUCGCAAGCAUUCAGUUCUGAUUAUAGAGCCUGCAUUACAGAAACCAGUGUCAAGGACGAUACAGAGGCCGAAGCAAAUGUUUGGAUGUCCACCGUAAGAGUUAGAAUGAAGCGUGUGAGAACACUACAGUUCACGUGCAUGAACUCCGCUGUGACGUUUAGACAGCUAGCCAAUUUAUCAAGAUCAGUUAUCUUAGCCUCAGGUACCCUGGCGCCAACAAGUUCAUUCCAAAGUGAAUUAGGCAUUAAAUUCACUCAUGUAUUAAAUAGUAAUCAUGUGAUAUCCAGUAACCAAGUCUACAUCAGAGGAAUCAGUAAAGGACCAACUGACGUUGUUCUUAAAGCCAACUACACAAAUGUGAACUCUUGGACGUUCCAGGACGAACUAGGAAGGGUUCUUUUAGAUGUCUGUCAAGCCGUACCACAUGGUAUCCUGUGCUUCUUCUCAUCGUACAAUAUGAUGAAUAAGCAGGUGAAUCGUUGGAAGGAAAACGGACACUGGGACAAGAUGAAGCAGGUGAAACUGAUUUUUCUUGAGCCACGCUUUAACUCUGAAUUGGAAUCUGUCAUGAGGGAAUACAAAGAGUUUAUUAAAGAUACUGCAACGGCACCACUAAAUGGGGUGAAUGGAGCCCUUCUACUCGCAGUUUUUCGUGGUAAAGUUGCUGAAGGAAUUGACUUCAGUGACAAUGAAGCUCGCUGCGUUGUAGCCAUUGGUAUACCCUAUGCUGUCAGAAGGGAUCCUAUGAUAGAUAUGAAGUUUACAUACAAUGAUCUUAAUCACUCUAAAGGGUUAUUAAAAGGCGGAGAGUGGUAUGCUGUUCAAGCAUUCAGAGCGUUAAAUCAAGCAUUAGGACGAUGCAUCAGACACAAAAAUGAUUGGGGUAUAGUCUUGAUGGUUGAUGAACGAUUUUUGUCUAACUCAACUCAAGCUUAUUUACCGAAAUGGGUCCGAGCAAUGUGGACCAAUCGUGUAGACUACAAUCUUCAGACUGAACUCAAACAAUUUGUUGCUAAACAUAUUAACCAUAAUUCUUAAAGAGAUCAUGCCUGAAUCAAAUAUAUUGUUACUUAUAAUUUAACUAUGAAUUAUUCAUUGAAUGCAAAUUAUGUUUUAGCAAUUAAGACUAGUUUUUUUGAAGUAUGAGUAAUGUAUUCCAAUAA